UUGCCUCAGGGGUACAUUUCUGCUGUUUUGCGAUGCUGUUCUACCUCCUUAUUGUACCAUGUACUUAACUUUUUUAUUUUUAGUUCGAAAAAAUCCAACAAAUGAUUUGCUUUCCCAAGUCAUGUACUAAUUCAGAUCUAAAAGAAAUCCUGGAAGUUUAUUUAUUUCAAACAACCACAUAUGUUCGGAAUGUGACUUAUAUUCGACAUCGCAUUGUUACCAAAAACUAUCGCGUCUAUGAAGAUUUCAAUUUCUAUAUAAUGAUAAUAAUACUAUUUGGUUGCCUGCUAAUCCAUUUGACGGUGUAUUUGCUGCGAAAAUACUUUGUACAAGUUAACCGAAGGAAUAUGAAUUCUAAUCUCAAAUGCCCACCAGGGCAGGAAGAAGAAAAGUCUGAAAAGAGUAAGGCAUCACUGGACAAUACAUUUGUCAAUGUGGGCGAAUGGAAAAGUACUCUGGGCAGUGUGGAUUUGCGGCAAUUCACAAUGACUCGAAACUCCACAAAGGGACAAGAAAGUGUACACAAGAAGAUAUCACCUCAGUAUUCAUUUUAUUUCGAAGAAUUAUUGGAUUCAAUAUCGUUAUCCAAUGUUGUCUAUGAUUUACUGCAAUCCACCUCAACGCCUCUGUGCGGAAUGAUGUUCAUAUUUUCCUUGGCCUUUCUUACAAUGCAUCUUAUCGGCGAAUAUAGUUUUAUGUCAAAUAAUUUGGAUCUGGGCAUGAUCAAUAACAAGGUGAAGCAGAGAGACGUUCUACUCAAGCGAUAUAUAUUUCUAAUGGAUAUUUAUUUUCUAAUCAACGGAGCCAAUCUUUCGUAUGAUUUCUUCAGAUCCUUACCAAAGGAUAAAUUGCAUUCAUUUGCACAACUGAAAUAUGUUUUCAAGUUAAUUGUCUACAAAAUAAUUGGUUUAACUCCCUCAUAUACCUUUGUGCUUUACGCCUCACUGGUAUUAGACAAAUAUUUCUAUUUCAAUGUAACACUGGAAAUACCAUCUCGAGACUACAAAAAUUGUUCGCAAAAUCAAAUGUUUAAUAUCUUCUACAUGGAUACGUUUUUUCCGCUGACCGAAAGGUGCAUGCCUUGGGCCUGGUUUAUAGCCCUGAAAAUUCAAUUUUAUAUCGUAUCCUGCCUGCUGAUGCUUCUGGUGGAGCUGCAAAUGUGUUAUGCCAUGAUAAUGGGUAUAUCGCUAAUCAUUUUGUCAGCAAUGGCUGCCAGCUUAUGGCUGUGGGGGGUAACCCACCAUUAUGGUUAUACCACCUCGCUGCUCUAUGAAUUGACUCAUUUCAAUUUGGUUGUGGAUAACAUCUGUCUAUUUGUGAUGCCAUAUCUUUUGGGUAUUUAUUUGGGCCACGUCAUCUACAGGAGCAACCAUAAUUUCCAUUUGAAUAUAUUUGUUUUUGUGAUGGGUUGGAUUGUGGUUUUCACCCUGGUGGGCAUUUAUGUGUUCGGUGUUCAUUUCUUUAUGUUCCACCUGAACAAGUGGCUAAGAUCAUUUCUAAAUGUUCUGACACAUUUGAUGUGGAAUUGCAUGAUCUCUUGGAUUGUAUUGACAGCACAAUCAAAUUAUGGAGAUUUUAUUUACAGAAUUCUUAGUUUCAAAUAUGCAAAUGCCCUGGAGCGACUAACUCCAAUCAAUGUUCUAAUUGCACCGCUCAUAAUACGUUUAAUACUCUUCAGCGGCGAUGUUCCAAUUUAUUGGUCCACAGGACAAAUUAUCGCAAUGUUUAUGGGUUGCCUGUUGGCGACCUAUGUCAGCUCUUUGUUGCUGUACGUUUUAUUAGAUGGACCAUUAAUGGCUGCACUUGAAAGUCUACUGGCCAUUCACAAGACCUAAAAAGUUGUUAUUCGGAUUUGGGUUUUAUCAAAAAUAAAAAAAGACGGGGUGGAGGAAGUGGCUGCUGUUUCAUUUUUCUGGUGGAUUGUGCAAAGAUUCAUUACCGUUAACGCAUCAUUGCUGGCGGUAAUCGUUGUGGCCUCUAUCAACACAUCGCAUCGCAACGCCAUCCCAAUUCACAGGCUCACAUUGUAAAUGUAAAUGUUGGUCAAUUGUAAUUACACUAUUUUGUUUUUAUAACCACUCGAAUUGUUUUUUGGGGCUAAAUAAUAGAUAAAAUGUACUUAUUACGUUGUCUCUCUCUCUAUGCAAUAAACAACAAUAAUAUCGUGUUAAACCACAA